AUGGGGUACUCACCGUGGUUCUUCUUUUACACCAGGCAAUGUUUUGAAAGGAAAUAUGUUAGCGCUCUAUAUCACCAACCAUUCACAGUUUUUGACUUGUAUGACGUACUUGCAAAUGAUGGCAUGAUUUUUUUAAAGGCACUGCUGCUAUCGCACCUCCUCAUCUGCUCCAAUCUAAUCUCAACGUACUUACACAAUGACAAUAAAAUGAUUCUGAUUCUCAUUCUGAUUCGGGUUACUCCAGGUUAUUCUGACACGUAUGGCCUUCCAUACGCACUUCACCAUAUAAUAGGGAUCUUGCGUCUCUGCUACCAUCGUCACCACCUGGAGCGCUCUUUCAACAUCUCCUGUCGUUAUACAAGCUCGUAUGGAUAUCAACUGAUUGCUAUUUGUUUGCUUUUGGUUCUCGGAGGCCUGGAAAUCCACGCUAUUUUUGGAGAUUUGGAAAUUUUAGAGAUGUACGCACUUCCGGAUAAUGGGCGCAACGAAGUGGCUCACCGAGAGGGAGCGGAUGGCGCAGAGAGCCGCGUGCCGAAUGGCACCAAGCGGCAGCGCAUCGUCUGGAGAAACGUUAUUCUUAUGGGUCUGCUUCAUGCUGGUGCGCUUUACUCCGUGCUCCUCAUCCCCAAAGCGCAUCCCUUUACCUGGAUAUGGUCCUAUAUAUGUUUCAUGAUCACAGCCCUUGGGAUUACAGCUGGAGCCCAUCGGUUAUGGAGUCACAGGUCUUAUAAUGCCAAACUGCCACUAAGGAUCUUCUUGGCUGCUGCCAACUCCAUGGCCUUCCAGAACGAUAUCUAUGAAUGGUCCAGAGAUCACAGGUCCCAUCACAAAUACUCUGAGACAGAUGCUGACCCCCAUAAUGCAAAGCGAGGCUUCUUCUUCUCACAUGUAGGCUGGCUGUUUGUGCAGAAACACAAAGACGUGAUUGAUAAAGGCAAGCGGCUGGACCUCAGUGAUCUGCUGGCUGACCCUGUUGUUGUGUUUCAGAGGAAAUAUUACAAAAUGUCAGUGCUGGUGAUGUGCUUCUUCCUGCCCACUAUGGUCCCGUGGUACUUCUGGGGUGAAAGCAUGUGGAACUCAUACUUCCUAGCCUCUAUCUUACGCUACACUGUUGCUCUUAAUCUCACCUGGUUAGUCAACAGCGCUGCACAUAUGUACGGCAACCGGCCCUACAACAAGGAUAUCAACCCUCGAGAAAACCGCUUUGUCACGUUUGGAGCUAUUGGGGAAGGUUUCCACAACUUUCAUCACACAUUUCCUUUUGAUUAUGCAGCCAGUGAAUUUGGCUUGCGCUACAACAUCACUACAUGUUUCAUUGAUCUCAUGUGCUGGCUCGGCCUCGCUAGCAACCGGAAGAAAGCCACAUCGGAGAUGGUCAUGGCUCGGAAGCUAAGGACAGGUGAUGGGAGUGCCUGAAAUGCCAAAAGCAGCACAGAUCUCUCAGCACCACUUAUUUAUCAGAACGGCAUUGUAAAAGUGGAGUGUUGUGUUCUUUCAUUAAAAUGUCUUUACUGCUAAUCUGUCACAGAGCAAGUAAUUAUAAAUAAGGUAACUAUUGUGAUGGCUUAGAUUUAGCUCAACUUGUGGACAUUUUUGUUUUCACAGGGGAGUAGAUUUUAAUGUGAAACUCUUUUUUUUUGUCGCAUAUCUUUCUGAAUUCAUUGUUUACCGGUGGUUUUGUUUUUUCUUAGCUAGACAAUCCAUGUAACUUUAGCAUUACCCAAUGAAUCCACAUAUUUUGUAGCGUACAUAAGGUAGGAUACAUAAAUUCUAUGUUUACAUUUGCCUAAUACUACCCUAUUAAGUAAUAUCUUAAUCUUAUUUUCAUUGUAAUCUGCCAUGUGCAGGCUUUGCCUUAAAUUUGCUGCUUGUGAUGGUGUAAUUUCACCAAAAACAGACACUUUAUAGAAGAGCCUACGACGUAGGCCCUACGUUGGUCAUGCUUUUCAUGAGUACAAGGCCUAAUUGAUCCAAAUGAUAAGAUGAUAAGUAAAUUUGCACUAUUCGAGCUCACAUUCAUGCUAGAAGGAUUGCAUGGCUGCUCAUGUUAUCAUAUAAAAGCUAUCAGUUCCAAGAUAUCAUGGCAGAUAUGCUAAAUAGAAAAAAACGUGAAACCACAUGUCAGUUUUCUCCUGUUGCUAAUGUUAAAAUAGAUGUUAUAGCAAAAAUUUACAAUGAUUUUGUAGGAAUGCAAGAAAAAUGCAUAUUUUAUUGUCUCACAUUUUAAAAUCUGGAUUGCACAAAUUUGCUACAUGUUUCUCACAUUAAUGCCCUGGGUAAUUAGAUGAUUUAUAACCUAUUUUUGGAUAACUAUUGCACAGAACACCAAAAGAAUCAAAUAAGUAGAAAUGCCACAUUCAGUUACAGCAGUUGAUUUUGUAGAGUAGCAGAUUAUAGAUUUCCUUAAUUCUUAAGAGUUUUUCAUGUGUCUUUGCAUAAGUGCAUUAAUGUAUGGCUGUGUAACUUGUUGCUCCGUGUACAUCAAUGCAUGUAACUACGUUUGUCUUUAACAUGCUAUAAGAAUUAAGUUACUUUUAGAAUUUUUUUUGCAGUCAAAAUAUAUUCUGUAGUGACUGGGCCUUGGGCUGUUCUUCAAGGCAAUGAAUAAAAAAAUAAUUAGUCAUAA